AUGGGCUUCCGGUUGACCAAUGAAUUGGCCAUUCGUUCCGGGCAAGCAUGGAAAAACCUGAUCAGCGCCAGUGUGGUCAGAGUCGUGGACAUAUUUACAAAUCGUGGUUUUGGAGAUUCCUCCCUCUUUAUCGUCACCGAUUAUCAUCCUCUCUCCAAAACCCUCCUCGAGCAUCAUCACAUUGGUCACAACUGGGCCCGUCCUGCCCGCAACAAUAAAGACCAGGUUACCGAACCGGUUCUAUGGGCUUAUGUUGUGCAAAUUGCAUCGGCUCUCAAACAGAUCCAUUCUUCCGGGUUGGCAGCUCGUGUCGUGGACGCUUCCAAGAUCCUUGUCACCUCCAAGAAUCGUAUUCGGUUGAACGGUUGUGGUAUACUGGAUAUUGUCCAAUUCGACAAUAAUGUCCCUCUCGCUCAGCUUCAAAGACAAGACCUCGCCAAUUUUGGAUUGGUGAUUCUUUCGAUCGGCAGUGGGACCGCUGAAGCGGGCCAGAACUUUGCCCGCAGUAUGGAUCUGUUCAAACGUUACUUUAAAAAGGAUCUCCAGGACGCCCUAGUGUGGCUUUAUUCAGCCAUGCAAAACCAGGAGAGGACGAUAGAUCAAUUCAUAAGUCUAAUCUCCAACCAGAUGAUCACAGCGUUCAACGGAGCGCUCCAUAACGACGACACUCUUCACAAUGAUCUCUCUCGUGAAGUCGAAAAUGCCCGACUCGUCAGACUCCUUGCGAAACUAAACUUUAUCACAGAACGACCCGAAUACGAACAUGACCGUGCGUGGUCGGAAAAUGGAGAGAGAUAUUUCUUGAAGCUGUUCCGCGACUAUGUCUUCCAUCAAGUCGAUGCACAAAACCGACCUGUCCUGGAUUUAGGUCAGGUUCUGACCUCACUGAACAAACUCGAUGCGGGCACGGACGAAAAAAUCACACUGAUAUCAAGAGACGAGCAAAGCUGUUUCGUCGUGAGCUAUCGGGAACUCAAAAAAGGCGUGGAGAGUGCAUUCUCGGAACUGCUUAAGAGGAGUCCGCCGCCAAUGGUGAGAUAA